AUGUUUCAGUUCUUGCCUUAACUUUCAAAACCUAAGAAACGGGAGGUCGUCUGUGGGCCGUGCUGUCAGCUCCACCGCCACUCCCCUGACUGACAUCCCUCCAAGAAACUGAAUAACAGAUACUGACCUUCCGAGCUCGGAGCUCUCCCACCGUCGUUGCCUGAGAAGAAGAAGAAGAAGAAGAGGAAGAAACUGCUCCCCUCUGAGCCCUGCAGAAUUGCUGUCAAGUUCUUGAAUUGAGUCACAGCAAAUGUAAGCGUCAAGCCCGCCGCAGCAGCCCCUGAAGUCCGACGAGCUCGACGGCAUGGCGUACGCCGCCAUUUUCCAGGGGUGUCUCCGGACCGCCGUGUCCGUGAGGCUCUGUUCCCUGCAAUUCCGCAGGCAGCUGGUAAAGGCCUCAGCUUUGGGCCCCACCGUGAGGAGGACGCAGGCGGCUGGGUUCAGGACGGCGUCGUAUCUCAGGCGCCGGGCGGUUGUCCCCACGUGCUUUGCGGGGUCCGUCUUGGAGGCGGAGUGGAGGCAGAGGAGCAACGCCGACUUGCAGCUGCUGAACCGGCAGAGCUCCAAGCACUACGGCCGGUUCGCGUACCAGGAUGUGUCCAGCGAUGAGUCGGACCUCGAAAUCGGGUCGUCUCAGUCCCAGCUGGGGCAAUCGACCCUUGACAAUGUUGAGGAGUGGGAGUUCAAGUUGGCCAUGCUCAUGCGCAACAAUGCAGAGUUGGAGGUGGUCUCCAGGGAGAAGAAAGACAGGCGCGACUUUGAACAUCUCUCUGCUGUGGCAGCUAGGAAUAAGUUAUAUAGCCGCCAAUAUUCAAAAGUUGUAGUCUUCAGUAAGGUGCCGCUCCCAAAUUACAGACCCGAUCUCGAUGAUAAGCGCCCUCAGAGAGAGGUACUAUUACCUGUUGGCUUGCAACGAGAAGUCAACUUACGGGUCAGACUGCAUCUCUCUGAAAGGUCAAUAGCUGGGGGGAGCUUGUUGAAUAAGUUUGCGGGGUUAAGCCUUGGAGGAGAUAUUAAUGCUGAGGGUGGUUUGAAUGAGCGGAAGGAACCCCCAAUAAGGAAUAGCAUUAUCUUAGAAAAAAUCCAUCACAGAAGAAGUUUGCAGUUACGUGAGAAACAACAAGAGUGGCAGGAAUCUCCUGAGGGCCAAAAGAUGCUUGAAUUUCGGAGGAGCCUCCCAGCAUACAAAGAGAGGGAUGCAUUACUCAAAGCCAUAGCGGAGAAUCAGGUUGUUGUUGUCUCUGGUGAAACUGGGUGUGGUAAAACAACACAGCUUCCUCAGUAUAUACUGGAAUCUGAAAUCGAAGCUGCUCGGGGGGCCACAUGCAGUAUAAUCUGCACACAGCCGAGAAAAAUAUCUGCUAUAUCUGUUUCUGAGCGAGUCGCUGCAGAACGGGGGGAGAAUCCUGGAGAAUCUGUUGGGUAUAAGGUUCGCCUGGAGGGGAUAAAAGGGAGGGACACUCGUCUCCUCUUUUGUACCACUGGCAUAUUGUUGAGGAGAUUACUUGUUGACAGAGACUUGAAUGGUGUAAGUCAUGUUAUUGUUGAUGAAAUUCAUGAACGUGGAAUGAAUGAAGAUUUUCUCCUCAUUGUACUCAAAGAUCUCCUUCCUCGUCGCCCUGAUCUGAGGCUGAUUCUGAUGAGUGCCACACUGAACGCCGAGCUCUUCUCAAACUAUUUUUCUGGUGCUCCGACGUUCCACAUUCCUGGCUUCACUUAUCCAGUACGAGCACAUUUUCUUGAGGACGUCUUGCAGAUAACUGGAUACAGAUUAACUGCAUAUAACCAAAUUGAUGAUUAUGGUCAAGACAAAGCGUGGAAGAUGCAGAAACAAGCAGCAAUGAAGAAGAGGAAGACCCAAAUCACGUCUAGUGUUGAGGAUGCUCUUGAAGCGGCUGACUUCAGUGGGUACAGUCCAAGGGUUCAGGAAUCUUUAUCAUGUUGGAAUCCUGACCCAAUUGGAUUCAACCUCAUUGAGCGUGUCCUCCACCAUAUUGUUACCAAAGAGAGGCCCGGUGCUGUCCUGGUCUUCAUGACGGGUUGGGAUGACAUAAACUCAUUGAAAGAUCAGCUCCAAUCUGACCCCGUCCUGGGAGACCCGAGCAGGGUGUUGCUCCUUGCAUGUCAUGGAUCAAUGGCCAGCUCAGAGCAGAGACUGAUAUUCGAUAAGCCUGAAGAUGGAGUGAGGAAAAUUGUUCUAGCCACGAACAUGGCCGAGACAAGUAUUACAAUCAAUGAUGGGGUCUUCGUGGUCGACUGUGGGAAGGCAAAAGAGACUUCUUAUGAUGCAUUGAACAAUACCCCUUGCUUGCUCCCUUCUUGGAUCUCGAAGGCUUCUGCUCGCCAAAGACGAGGUAGAGCAGGUCGUGUUCAGCCUGGAGAGUGUUACCACCUCUACCCUCGGUGUGUAUACGACUCUUUCAGCAAUUACCAGAUGCCUGAACUUCUGAGGACUCCUUUGCAGUCCCUCUGUCUGCAAGUCAAGAGUCUCCAACUGGGGAGCAUUAAAAACUUCCUCUUUCAGGCAUUGGAACCACCGGAGAAACUCUCGGUGGAAAAUGCUAUAGGGUAUCUGAAGAUUAUUGGGGCAUUAGAUGAAAAUGAGAAUCUUACAGUGUUAGGACGCCACCUGUCGAUGCUUCCCGUAGAGCCGAAGCUUGGGAAAAUGCUCAUAUAUGGUGCCAUCUUCAACUGCCUGGAUCCAAUAAUGACUGUUGUUGCUGGUCUCAGCGUCAGAGAUCCAUUCUUGAUGCCUUUUGACAAGAAGGAUCUCGCUGAGUCUGCAAAAGCCCAAUUUGCUAGGAAUGGUUACAGUGACCACCUUGCAAUUGUCCGAGCUUAUGAAGGUUGGCGAGAAGCUGAGACACAUAUGCAGGGUCAUGAAUACUGUUGGAGGAACUUUCUUUCUAUUCAAACUAUGAGGGGCAUUGACUCUCUUAGGAAGCAAUUCUACUCUCUGCUCAAGGACACUGGUCUGGUUAAUUACCCUGAUGACAAUGCCAGCUCGUGGGCCCAUGAUGAGCAUCUUGUCCGAGCAGUCAUAUGUGCUGGUCUGUUCCCAGGCGUGUGUUCUGUUGUGAACAAAGAGAAGUCAAUCACGCUGAAGACUAUGGAGGAUGGUCAAGUGCUCCUGUACUCGAAUUCUGUGAAUGCUGCUGCACCCAAAAUUCCAUAUCCGUGGCUCGUCUUCAAUGAGAAGGUGAAGGUGAACUCAGUUUUUCUUCGGGACUCAACCGGGAUAUCUGACUCCGCACUUCUCUUAUUCGGAGCAGAUAUCUCAACGGGUGGACUUGACGGUCACCUGAAAAUGUUGGGAGGGUACUUGGAAUUCUUUAUGCAACCUUCAUUGUCGGAGACAUAUUUGACCAUAAGGAGGGAGCUUGGAGAGCUCGUUCAGGCCAAGCUUCUAGACCCAAAGUUUGACAUACAAUCCUGUAGCAACCUUCUGAUGGCAGCAAGAAUGCUAAUAUCGGAGGAUCAGUGUGAGGGUAGAUUCAUCUUUGGCCGCACAGUUCCCAAGAGAGUUAGUAAGAGAGAGACACUCGAGAACCCAUUUGCGAAAGUUAAAAGGGAUGCGGGGGAUGAUAAUGCAAAGAAUGAGCUUCAGACACUGCUUCUUAGGGCGGGCCAUGACGUCCCAACUUAUAAAACAAAACCCCUGAGUAACAAUCAGUUCCGUUCCACCGUUAUAUUCAAUGGCUUGAACUUCACGGGACACCCGUGCAGCAGCAAGAAGGCUGCGGAGAAGGACGCUGCCGCUCAGGCUCUGCUGUUUCUGAAGGGCGAGACCCAUUCGCCUUCUGCAGCGUACGAUCACGCGUCGAUGCUGCUGGUGAAGGACAGGAAGAAGAAUCGGAAAGCUGCUGGUGGAGCAAGGUUGGUUAAAAGGCAGUAGGAGGAGAUCCUCAUGGAGUCCGAGCAGUCGUGGAAGCUAAAAGAAGAUGAUUCGUUCAAAGGAGGCUGCCCGGUUUGAAACACAUUCAACAGUGGUUAGUAUGUUUAGUACUACUUAUGCACAGAGAUGCCGGUUACCUGAGAUGGAGGUCUCUCUCUCUCUCUCUCGCCAAUCUAUCAUCUACAUCACCGGCUCAGAGGGACUCUGAAACCUGUGUUCGUCUAAGUAGCGAAGAGAUUGAAGAGGCCCCAAAGAGUCGGUCCAUGAGCGAUUAUAUGCUCUGAAUUAGGAAAGAAACUAUGUUCUAUACAUGUAUAUGUUCCAUUGAUUAGUAGAUGAAUGAACAAAUAAAGCUUCCAUUAGAUGGUCAAUUUUUGGUACCCUUGAGCGGCAUUGAGCUCAAAUGGUAAUAUCAAUUAAGAUAUUAGCUUUUUGAGUUCCAA